GUCAGCACACAGCGCACACAGCUCAGCCCUGACCUGAUAACUUCUGAAGCCAUGUCUACGCAAAGCACUAAUGUGGUGUUGCUGAUUGGGACCAUCGUCAUCAUAUCCCUGAUGAAACCUGACUGCACAGCUGUAACGGAGGAGUACAAUGGAUUUAAACUGUGUGUUACAUCGAGGCGAGGAAUUAAAGAUCUUUCGCAUCGAAAUCUGACAGAUGUUCCCUCAAAUCUUUCCAACAACACACAGUAUUUGGAUAUUUCCUACAACCUCAUCCAAAGUCUGAAUGGAGCUCAGUUUUCCAGACUGUUCCAGCUGUGUUUCCUGAAGGUAACUCACUGUGGACUGCAGGAAAUUUCACCCACUGCGUUCAGUCACACACCAGCACUCAAAUUUCUGAACAUAUCUCACAAUAACUUACAUGUUAUCCCAGACAUUUCAGUGAAACAGCUUAAAAUUCUUGAUUUGGGGAACAAUCUGUUUACCAGCUAUCGAAUACCAGAAUCAUUUCAGAACUUCUCACAUCUGGAUUUGCUGUCAAUAGGUAGCACAGCUGCUCCAUCAGUCAGCUACAGUGACUUUGAUCCACUGAUGAAUGUACCUGUACAUCAUCUGGUUUUGGGAGCAGGAAUUCCCUGGAAAAACUAUGAAUCUGGUUCUCUUGCGAAAAUGAAGUCUCUCCAAAAGGUUUCCAUUCGUGCAUCUUUUUGUGGGAAUUUCAGAAUGUUUGAGAAGGUCCUUGUGGACUUGAACAUGACAAAAGCAAAAUCAUUGAGAUUCAUUGCCUUCUUUCCAGACAACUGCCAGGUGAACAGUGACCCCUUUGAAAACCUAAGAACAAUGCCAUUUAUACAAAAUCUCACCAUAGAAAACACCUGGAUAAACAGCUCUUUUAUGGAGAUGUUUCUGAAGAAUGUGUGGCUCUCCUCCGUCUAUGACCUCUCAUUUGUUAACAUAACGUAUAAUGAAGAUACACCAGAUGGGUUUCAAUUUCACACCCUUAAUCACACGAUCAAUGUUUCUUCAGUUACUUUCAAUGGCAUAAAUCAUUAUCAAUACAAAUAUCCUACUUUCAACAUGAGCUUUGAAGCUUUCUCAAGACUGACCUAUUUGAAGUUUUCUGGGACUGGAAUGAACAUUUUACCUUGCAGAGUCAUGUCUGCCCUGCCGUCAUUGGAAACACUCGACCUGUCCGACAACCUUCUGUCCGAGUCAGGCUUCUGGUGGUUUCUGUGUUCACACACCUCUGUUUUUCCCAGACUGCGGCAGCUCUCUCUAAGCAAGAACCGCUUCAGCAGUCUUUCUUUUAUCUCUCAGAAAAUGAAUGAGAUGAAAACUUUAGAAUCUCUGGAUCUCAGCUUCAACUCUAUCAGCUUAGACGGGGACUGCUCUUGGCCUGCUGGGAUGAAGGAACUCAAUCUGGGAAACAACAACCUGGGAAACAACGUCUUUCAAUACCUGUCAUCAAACUUUGAGAGGAUUGACUUGUCAAAGACAGGAAUAACUGCCAUAACUCAAGAAGCUCUGUCUUGCUUUCCCAAGCUGACAUACCUCAAACUCAGCUCUAACAGCAUCCGAGUUAUCCCUGCAGAUCUCAGCCUCCCCACUCUGCUCAGUCUCUACAUAGAUCAGAAUGCUAUCACAUCUAUACCCAGGGAGGCACUGGGAGGGGUUCCCAAAAUCCAGACCCUCAGUGCUGGAAGCAAUCCAUUUGUCUGCUCAUGUGACUCCCAUUGGUUUGUUGCUGAUUUCAACAAAUCUUUGCUCCUGGACUGGCCGUUAAAUUACACCUGCAGUACCCCUCCAUCAUUUGCAGGCUUGCAAUUGUCAGAGUUCAAAACCAGUGAGCUGUCAUGCGAGACAGGGCUUCAAGUUGCAGUUGCUUUGCCUGUGAUAAUAGUUAUAUCUGCUGCCAUAGGUCUGGUGUUCUAUAAAUGUGAUGGAGUCUGGUAUACAAAGAUGCUAUGGGUCUGGAUCAGGAUGAAAAGGAGAGGCAAGAAAUGCUCCAACUUAAUGAAGAAUGCAUCAUUUAGUUAUCAUGCAUUUAUAUCCUACAGCCAUCAGGACUCUGACUGGGUGGACAGCCAGCUGCUGCCCUCUAUGGAAGGUGCUGGAUUGUCACUUUGCACCCAUGAGCGAGACUUUGUGCCCGGUGAAUGGAUUAUAGACAACAUUAUCAACUGUGUGGAGUCCAGCUACAAGACGCUGUUUGUCCUCUCCAGACAUUUUGUUCAGAGCGAAUGGUGCAACUACGAGCUGUUCUUUGCGCAGCACAGAGCCAUCAGUGUCCAGCGGGACUCUUUAGUCUUCAUAUUACUGGAACCCAUUCCAACAGACUGUAUUCCAAAGAAGUUCUUGAGGCUUAGAAGUAUACUGAGGGAGCAGACAUACCUUGAAUGGCCAAACAAUGAACGGAAGCAGCAGGUUUUCUGGAGGAGUCUAAAAUCUAUGCUGCAUAUGGCAGACAAAUCUGUUGCUCUGAAGGAUGUAGCACUGGCCAUUUCAGAUAAAGUAGCUCUGCUCACAGACGACCUAUAGGAGCAUAAGAUAAAAGAUAUAUAAGUCUAUGUAAAAGCAAUACACGCAUACUAAAAUUUACAAUGAAAAGAAUUGUAAUUGCUCUCAGUGUUUAUAUUGUUUAUACCAUCCAUGAAGUUUUUUCCUGAUACAAUUCCAAUUUAAAAAAUCCUCAGUCCUCUUUCUUUUUAGAAAAUGAACAAAAAUUGCCAAAACCAAACCAAACAACCAAAACACACAAAACACUUUUAAAUAAUACAAGCAGUAAUGUAAAGAAAUCUUCUUUUCACUUCUUAAUCAUCAUAACUCAGACUAAGAUGUCCUUCUGACCUCUGAGCUUUUAAUAGUGAUAUUUAAUUAGACACAUUCAUAGCCGAUAUUAUGAUAGAGAUAUUUUACAUUUUAAUAAUGAUAAGUUAUUUUUUAAAUUGAUAUUUCUGAAUGAAAUUUUUGAAACUAAAUCUCAGGUAUCUGCAAUAAGAGGUUUCAUAAAACCUAACAGCAAAACAAGUUAGAAGGUAUUUAGACUAUAUUCUUUAGGAUUUUAACAAAGUGAAUACGUUUUUUGUUUUCGUUAGUCAUGAAUGAAUUACGAGUGUUAGUAAUAUUGCUUUACAGUGUUAUGGUUUGCCAAUGAGAACAAACAGAAAAACAGCUGUUUGUCAAAAAUCUAAAAAUAUCAUGAAAAUAGGACUAGAAACAUUAUGAUUUCAGGAGUGCCAAAUGUUAAAGUAAUGCAGUGUCUUAUUCGUAGCAGAGGAAUGUAUGAUUUGUUCUGCUUGUGUUCAUGUCCUCUGGCUGGAGCGUUUAACUUAAGCAACUGUCUCCACCUACUGUUUGCAAUGGUGAGCGACAACAUGCAUGGAGGAAUGAGUUGCCACAAAGUUGUUUUCACAAAUGGCAUAUUUCACUUUUUGUUACUGUUUCUUUUUGUAUGACAUCAAUUAAAAUUACAAUUCGUCAUAAAUAUGCCAUCUUGAUGCUAAGUGUUUAUAGAAAAACAAUGUUUUAGUGUGACAUUUUUAUAUUUGCAAUUUGUGUGAUUCAGUCUUUACUGUUAAUACUGUGUAAGAAUUUAACUGGGAUGUUUUAAGAAUUGAUUAUGCUUUUGUUAAAUCACUUGAUUUGUAUGAAUUAAAUGUGUGCAUUUAAAUGUUUAGAAUUCAGAUGGAAUCUCAAUUUGCUAUAUCCAAACUAUGUUGUGUAAUAAUUCAAUUAAAAUCAUUUCAAAGUAUCUUCAAGUGGUUUGAAAGUGGCUGCUAACGUCAUUUGUAUGGAGAAGUGCCCUCAUGUUGUACAUUAAUAUUUACAGAUGUGGUAAAUACCUUUAUUGUUAGCUCUGUGUGUUCAUGUCAGUGCACUACGUCCCUAAACUCUAGGUUUAUAUAUGAUGCUUUCUGUCUUUCACGCUGGCAUUUUGAACUUGAAUGAAUGUUGAUAGUAAUGUUAAUAUGCCAUAUAUCAAUACUUUUUAGAUCAGUUCUAUAGUAUAACUCUUGUAUUGCCACGCUGUGAAUAUCCCAAUGGGUGAUGUUAGUCCAUUUGACAUGUGACAUCAGUUACAAUUUACAGACUAAAAGGCGUUUUAAUAGGCAUUCCUAGCCAAAACCAGAGAUCUGGUGGUCCAUCUGAACAAAAUUCUAUAAUUAUUCAAUAUACAGCAUUAAAAAGUUAUUGAUGUUUGAGGGCUGCUUGAUUGACAGUCUGGUCUGGAAUGAUUGACAUGUCAUAUGGACGAGGCAGCCUUGAGACUAAUUCAAUGUGAACUCCAGUCUCAUCCUCGUAAAGAUUUAGUUGUGAUGUAAUAACUGUUAGGUUGUUGUUACAUAUCUGUAGAGUAGCAGUAUAAUUUACACAGGGAGCUUUACUGUCCAUUGACGUGUUUUAAUCAGUUUUCAGUCCACUGUAAUCAAGUGUGCUGAUGCAUAAGCACACUUAUUAUUAUUCUUUGGGCUUAUUCAGAUUUUUCUGUUGCGACUUUUGCUGUGUAACUGAAGAAAAUCCAAACAAAUUAUAUAUUAUAAUGUGUGGCUCAAUCAGGAAUGGUGUGCUAUGACUUCUGUUAGCAAUUCAUUCUGCAAUUUUUAUGAAAUUCAUGAAGAUUUUUAAGUUUAAGUUAUAUUUUAGAUUCUUCUAAAUAGCCAGCCUUUGCUUUGAGUGCUGCUUUGCACGCUCUUGACAUUCUCUGGAUGAGCUUCAUGAGGUAGUCACCUGAAAUGGUUUUCCAAUAGUCUUGAAAGAGUUCCCAGAGAUACUGAGCACUUGUUGGCCCUUUUGCCUUCAGUCUAUCUCAUCUGAAAUGAUUGUGUACUGUGGAUUUUUAGUACUAGGGACACAUACAUACAUCAGGACUGCCAUGUUGUUUUAUCAGCUGUUACAGAUGUUGACACCCAUGCAGCUACAGAUAUUUUGUUAGUGACACAAAGCCUCGCCAGAGUACAUCUUUUCUGAUAAAGCAAGCUGCACUGCAUAGAUCAUAGCACCUUACAUCAGAGUAUGCAUCUGCCUCAGGAUGCCUGCCUAUACUUUUGUGGUGUCUGUGAUUAUAUGCCUUAUCUGAGCAGGAAGACACACAGAGUGCAGUGUGCAGACAUUGAGCACAUAACAUUAUAUUAGCACAUUGCAUUGUGGGUAAUCUUGUGUAUACCACUUGGUGGCAGCACACAGUUUUACUGUAACACAGUUGAGAGGAAAACAGGUGACCUCCACAGCUUACGCUCUUGUCUGUUUUAAGAGUCUAUUCACAGUGACAAACACAUGCCCAGUCGUAUUUCUGUUGGUUUAUCUUUACAUUUUGCUCAACCCUUGCUCUACCCAACCACCCACCUAAAAGUACCAUCAUUACUAAUCUGGAUUUAAAUGCUGUCUUAGGCAAUGAUUUUGCUUCAGUGAGAAUGUAAAAGUUUGGAAGUGAGUGUGAUCAAAUAUAAAUAAACAAAGGACUUUCAAUUAUG